AUGCUAAAGUUGAUCCAAAGAAGAUCAACGAGUCUAUUCAAUCGUUAUUAUUCAAAACAUACAACUGGUCCUCAAGGUGUCAAUGGUCGUCUACCAAUCCCAAGUAAUUUCUAUAACUAUGAUACCAUAUUAACUGAUUCUUAUACAACUUCAACUCAUCAUCAUCAUCAUGAACAAGAUCCACAUCAUCAUAGUCAGCAUCAGAAUUAUACUCCUCCAAGUUCAACUGCUGUAUCAUUAACAGAUCCAUUAUUAAUUUAUCAAAACUAUGUCUCUAGAGGUGUUUUAAAACCUGAUUCAAAUCAAUUAAGAGCUGCUGUGGAAUUCCAAAAAUUAUAUUACAGAGUUAAAGAUUAUAAACCACCAAUAGAUUUACAAUUCAAAAUCAAACAAUUGGUUCGAGAAAUUGAAAAUAAGCAUCAAUUAAUGUCUUCAUCUUCUUCUUCUUCAAAAUUUAAACCAAGUUGGUAUCAACCACAAAUCAGCAAAACUCAAGAUUUAAUUAAAGUUCUUACAGAUGAAGAACAAUUAACAAAUUUCCCCUCGCCUCAUGGUUUAAUAAUUAAUGGUGAAGUAGGUUGUGGGAAAUCAAUGUUGAUGGAUAUUUUUGCAAAUUCAUUACCUCAUGAUUCUAAAUGUCGUUGGCAUUAUUCAAAUUUUAUGCUUUGGAUAUAUAAUGAAAUUCAUUUAAUUUAUCAAAGAAGAGUAAAAUCAUCAAAAAGUGGUGGUUCUGCAUCUGCAAUGAACUCAUUAGAUAAUGAGUUCAUCUUGUUUGAAAUUGCACAAAAAAUGAUUCAAAAAAAUACAGUAUUAUUAUUAGAUGAAUUUAUGUUACCAGAUUUAGCUGCUGCAAAAAUUGUUAAAUUAUUAUUCACAUAUUUCUUUAGAUUAGGUGGUGUUCUUGUUGCUACAUCAAAUAGAUUACCUGAAGAUCUUUAUGCAACAGAUUUUAGGAAAAAAGAGUUCAGAUCCUUUUUAAGAGUUCUUGAGGCAAGAUGUUAUUCAUUAGAUAUGAAUUCUGAAAAUGAUUAUCGUGAUAUCUUGAUGAAAGAUUCUUCAAAUUCAAUAAAUUAUUUGGUUUCUAAAGAAGAUUCUAAUCAUCAAUCAAAUUGGGAAAAUUUAUUAAAAAAUGAAAUACCAAAUGUUAAUGUUUUGGAUUCAAAAAAUGGUUCAUUGGAUAAAAUUACAGUUUAUGGUCGUGAUUUAACCAUACCAUGGUAUAAUUCAGGUAUUGUUAAAUUUGAAUUCAAUGAAAUUUGUGCUGGAUUAUAUGGACCAGGUGAUUAUAUCUCCCUUGCAUCAAAUUAUCAUACUUUUAUUAUUGAUAAUAUUCCAAUUUUGAAAACUUCAAUGAAAAAUGAAGCAAGAAGAUUCAUAACUUUAUUAGAUGCAUUAUAUGAAUCAAAAUGUAAAGUCUUUUUAAGGAUGGAAAUUUCACCUGAUAAUUUAUUUUUCCCUGAAGAUAUUUUAACAAAAGAAGAACAAGACGAGGCAAAUAGAAUUAAAGUUCAAGAUGAAGAAAUGUUUUCCAAAACUCAAAUCGCUUUAACGGCUCCUUAUAGACCAAAUGUUUCAUAUUAUGAUGAUGAAUCAAUUGUCUAUACAGAAACUGAGAAUUCAAAUAAACCAAUAAUGAAAAACAUGGAUCUAAGUUCAACAAAUUUUACAGAUCGUAAGGCAUUCACAGGUGAAGAUGAAAAAUUCGCAUAUAAAAGAGCGGUUAGUCGUAUUAAGGAAAUGACAGGUUCAUUACAUUGGAGAAUGGAAGGGAAAUGGACUCCAGUGGAUCAAUCAAUGAGACCAUGGGAAUUUAAACAAUCUGAACAAUUAAGUAAUUGUGAAAAACAAUAUGAUGAUAUGUUGGAUUUAGAUAAUGAAUAUAAUUUUAUGACUGGAAGAAAUUUUAAUAAUGCAAGUAUGAUUAAACCUGAUAAUGAUUCUACUGGGUUAUUUGCUCCUGUUUUCAAUUCAAUGCAUUUUUGGUCAAUGGGUUUAUGGGGGAAAGGUAAUAGAUUAAAAGAUGAUUUUGCGAAGAAAUGGAUAAGAGGUAAUGAAUUAUAA